AAUCCCACGCAGGAAGAGCCGUGGGUGUCAAGCCGCAGUUCACCCAGGCCGGAGCGGACGUGAUGUCGCGGACGGAGCCGCUGGUGCUGGGGCUGGGGCUGGUGAAGGCGGUGCUGGUGGCGGUGCUGGUGGUGGAGGUGGUCGGAGCCGCAGCGCUGAGCCGGGCGGAGCUCCCUCCACCGUCGGUGAACAUCAGCCUGGACGCAGCUCCGGAGGAGAGAUGGAGGCCUCUCCUGGAAGUCUUCGACAUAGACUACCUGAAUAAAGCGGCCGCAGAAAUCAUUGAUACUACAAUUCCAAAAUGGGUUCAUCAUGCAAUUAAGCCUGUUGUGGCGGCCCUGGAGGAGUACAUGCCUCAGCCUUACGCGGGGGAGAUCCGCGGCCUGGCCUCUCAUCUGGGAGGAGGCCUGUCCGACGUCAUCAUGCUCAACUUUGCCUACGAAGUAUCUGCAUUUUGCACUAGCAUCGUAGCUCAGGACAAAAAUGGGCACGUGUACCACGGCAGGAAUCUUGAUUACCCUCAUCCUAUUCUGAGGAACAUGACUGUCAACGUAGUUUUCCUCAAGAAUGGAAAAGUGGCCUACCAGGGGACGUCCUUCGCCGGCUACGUCGGCCUGUGGACCGGACAGAGUCCUCACAAGUUCACCGUGUCGGGCGACCAACGAGGCACCGAUCACUGGUGGAACUGGUGGAAGAACUUUGUGUCUGCUGUCCUGUACCGGAGGUCUCCAGUCAGCUGGCUGGUGAGGGAGACGCUGGAGGAAGCAGAGAACUUUCAGGAUGCAGUGAUGCGUCUGUCAAAAACCCCCAUCAUCACAGGGGUGUAUUUCAUCGUGGGCGGGCUGCGGGCCAAGGAAGGGGUCGUGAUCACCAGAGAUCGACAGGGCCCUGCUGACAUCUGGCCUCUGGACCCCGUGAAUGGAAAUUGGUACCGGGUGGAGACGAACUUUGACCACUGGCGUCCUCCUCCGGCCACGGACCAUCGAAGAGAAGCUGCCAACAAAGCGCUAAAUGCUACCGGACAAGCUCACAUCAACAUGGACACACUUUAUCAGGUUUUGUCGCUGUAUCCAGUGUGUAAUGGAAUCACUGUUUACACGACCAUAAUGAGUGCAGCGACCCCUGAGAAGUAUGACACACUUGUCCGACCACAGGGUUGCCCCUACACAUACUGACCAGCGUGGAUCAGGCUGCAGAGAGUCUGAACUUCACAACAGAUUCAUGUGGAGAUUUUAUAACAAAUGUGAUUACAAGGGAAUCAAGACAUUUUUAAAAUGACCAAGAUCAAGUGACUUUUGCAUUAAUUUUUAUGGCCUUAUGUACGGGUAAUUUACAUUUUAAGCUUAAUUAAACUGAUUGUGAUUGUCUGGA